GUGGAAACUCUCUCCGAGUUAACCACGCCAAAAUGCCUUCCUUCCGACGGGACAGUCUCAUGAUAGAGUUGAUAAACUGAAGUCCGCAGCGAGAACCAUGCCGAGGAUCAAUCCCUGGGGUAAUGUUUGACGACUAUCUCCUAGCUCUUGUCGCAGCAGCGUGUGUUUUCCUCGUUUCUCGGACAGCAUCCCAGCAUCCGAAGCUUGACCACAUACCCUCUGUGCGACAGUAUGGGCUACUUGGGUCUUGGCCUGGAUCCCUGGAAUUUUACACCAACGCAGGAAGGCUGGUGAAGGAAGGGUAUACCAAGUUUCACGGCCGACCUUUCAAAGUCCCUUCGCUACAUCACUGGAACGUGAUUGUUGGUACUCCCCAGCACAUUGACGACAUCAGGAAGGCCUCGGACGAUGUCCUCAGUUUUGACGACGCGACAAGCGACAUCAUUGAAGCCAAAUACACUCUGGGCCCAGACGUCUGCGCCGAUCCCUUCCACCUCCCCGUCGUGCGCUCACAGCUUACCCGCAAUCUCGGCGUACUGUUCUCGGACAUUCAUGACGAGAUAGCCGCGAGUUUCCGGGAUGAGAUACCACUAAAAGGCGAUGAUUGGCUCGAGGUACCAGCUCUUCCAGCAAUGAUGCAGGUUGUCUGCCGCACCAGCAACCGCAUAUUUGUCGGCCUGCCUCUUUGUCGCGAGCCAGGGUACAAGAAUCUUAUGACUCGCCACACCGUUGAUGUUGUGAAGGGAGGCGUAAUCAUCAAAUGCUUCCCUCGGUUUCUGGCUCCCUUGGUCGCUCGAUACCUGACCAAGUCUCAGUCCGAUGCCGAGGAAGCAAUAUUGUACCUCCGCCCUGUAACCGAGGAGCGCCUGAAAAGGAUCGAGGAAGAAGGGAAUGAUUAUGCCGGAAAGCCAAACGAUUUUCUUUCGUGGCUCAUAGACAUAUCCGACAACCGACAACGCAAUGUGAAGCAACUCACCAUGCGCAUGCUGACGAUCAACUUUGCAGCCAUCCAUACGUCCUCCAUGAGCUUCACACACGCCCUCUUCAACCUUGCCGCGAACCCGGCGUGGAUCAAGCCUCUUCGUGAGGAAGUCGACGCCGUAGUCGAGACCGAAGGCUGGUCCAAGACGGCUCUUGUCAAAAUGCGGAAGAUCGACAGCUUCCUGAAAGAGUCAGCCCGUCUCAACACCAUCGGACAGAUGCUGCUAGGCCGCAAGGCAACCAAGGACUUCACCUUUUCAGACGGAACCAUGAUCCCCAAGGGCACAUUUGUUUUCUCGGCCUCGUCGGCGGUGCAUCGCGACCCCGAAAUCUACGAAGACCCAGAGGUGUUCAAGCCAUUCCGGUUUGCCGACAUGCGGGACGAAGAAGGGGAAGGUCUGAAGCACCACAUGGUCACACCCAGCCCAUCGUUCCUCAACUUUGGAUACGGUAAACAUGCUUGCCCGGGCCGGUUCUUCGCUGCCAACGAGCUGAAGACUAUGCUAGCUCAUGUGGUCACCAACUACGACAUCAAACUGGCGGAUGAAGGUGUCCGUCCAAAGGACUUGUCCUUCGCCGAAACGCUCUCCCCGCAUCCUACGGCGACGGUGAUGUGGCGAAAGAGGAGGGAUUAGCUUGCUCUGAAAAUCCCUGCCAGCUCAGUGGGUGCCUGUAAUAACAUACUUUGAAAAUUGAAGACGUCUAUAGGCCUGGCUUUACAACAAAAAUUAUCUACCCUUAUAGUACAAAU